AUGGCUCCAGCCCGGAUCAUUGCAGAUUCGGACGACUCCGACGAUGACUUCGACGUUGGAGAUAGCCCCGCGAAGCCUCCAACUCCCAGGAAGUCUGGCGAAGGGCGUUGUUCCGACCCGAUAAGUGUCUCAACCGGCUCGACAGAUCCAUUCAUUUUCCGGCAGAUCUACGACGACCAGCGGAAACCGGCUGCGAACGAAGCGGUGUCGCAAGCUGACCCGACCUCGGCACCAAACGUUGAUAUCUCCAGCUCAGUAUCAAUUGGGGUCAAAGUGCCGACCAAAAACGACGAUACCAAUACCUCGUCAUUGACGUCCAUCACUGACCCGACGAUGGGUUCCAAUCGCGCGAAGAAGGCAAAAAUGGCGGAAGUUGUAGAUCUUACGCAGGUCACAACACCAGGGAGAGCUGCCAACAACACGCCGAAGGAUAUGUGGGACGUGCCUAGCAGCCCGGCCGAACAGCCAACAGCGCCUGUGGCUUCCCUAUUGAAGAACAAGGAGAAGACGCCCGCCAGCAGCAAGAGGAAACAGGCGAAUGUCGACUUUACGACGCCGUUGGCGACUGUGAUGCCUUCUCAGGGGUCUACGCAGCCUUUCGACAUCACUCCGAUCGGCAGAGCGAAUUUUCCCCUAGCGCAACCGGCAAAGAGACAGAGACUUGAUGCACCGGUCUCGUCGGUGGCUACAGAAGACGAUGUGGACAUGAUCGUGCCGCAUCACGAUGAGUCAGUGUUCGUUGAUGCACCAGUCUCAGGCCAGAAGCCUGUCUCUCUCUACAUCGAACCUCGGACCCUGAGUGCAAGUCAACAGCUGCAGUACGAGUACCAUUCGGUCGAUCCUUCCCCGGAUGACGCGAGACCAGCAACGUCUCGCCAUUUCACAACCCAGCAAGCGGCGGCUCGUUCGAGUGGGGCGACGACGAUAGCAUACUCUACGCCGAGCCAAACGAGGGUGCUGGGGUUUCAAGAGUCUUUUGCUGGUGAUACUGAAGCUGGCACGGUUUAUCAGCCUCCUGAGGAAGUCCACGAGCCAACCGUUAAUUCCGAUGCUACGAUUGAGAUCCCAUCUUCGCCAGAUAUCAUAUCUGCAGCUCCAGCAAGGACGAAACGGAGCAAACAAAACGAGGAAUCCGGUCAUACUUCACAUUCACAUAACGCGGAUGAGUGGAACUCAGACGACGUUGGCUUCCCAAGAGAAAUGUACAAGCCUCGCCCAAGUCGACGCAGAGGUAGCAACGCUAGUCGACAAAGCGAUACUGAGAAGGCUGCAUCCGCCGAUACUGCUGCUCCUGUCCCUGAACCGAUCACAAGCUUGCCUGCGGAGGAGGUUGCUCCAGCCAGCGUUUCCAAGAAGAAAAGAGGACGUCCUCGGAAGUCUGACACGACACCAACCUCUGAGCCCGUCGAGCCGUCCGCGCCCGCAACUGCUGUGGGGAGCGAAGCUGCUGGGAGUACAGUGGUAGCAGAACCAGUCAUGGCGGCUACAGAGCAAAUCAAGAAGAAGAGGGGCCGCCCAAAGAAAGCGGACAAGGCUGUCACGAGCGUGCAGCAAGAACCGGUGGAGCAACAUGCAGUCGCGGAAGCCACAGAGGCCAACGACAUUCCUGCAGUGGUGGAUUCGAAGACUGCGAGUGAUCACCAAUCAGAAGAGAACGAGGAGCCUCCCAAGGCUAAGAAGAUUGAUAAGAAGAAGCGGCCCGUACAAGAAGUAUCCGAAAAGGCGCCUGCCGGCGAGGUCCCAACAGGCGAAACACGGGCUCUGCAGCCGAAAACUCCCAACACGGCCUCGAAGCCCGAUUCCGAUGAUUUGGAUCCGCAAAAAGAUGUGGUCGCAUUGAUCACGCCCAAGAAGCUCGAGGACAAAAAAGAUGUGGCGGGAAAAGCCGGUGAUGGGAAAUUAGGCGUUGCGACGCCGUCGUCUCAAGCAGGAAAGCCUCUCUACCGGGUGGGGCUCAGCAAGAAGUCGAAGAUCGCGCCACUGCUGAAGAUUGUGCGAAAGUGA